CUGUCAAACGAAUUUUCAAUGGCGUCUGCUUUUAGCAAUAUCGGCUUGUGUGCUAAUUUGAUACAAAAACGUGAAUUUUAUGAAAGUAAUCUGUUAAAGUGAUUAAUUUAAUGGUUGGUUAUAAUAAUCACCUCAUUUUUGGUUGCUAUUGGUUUUCCCUUAUACAAUGGAUGUACCAGCUCCACCAAAUGAUAUUGAAUUGAGAAACAUCAUUGACAAACUUGCGGAAUUUGUUGCCCGCAAUGGUCCAGAAUUUGAGUUAAUGACCAAAUCUAAACAAAAAGGAAAUGCUAAAUUUGCUUUCCUUCACGGCGGUGAAUACUACAACUACUAUCAAUACAAAGUGGCUACCAAGCAGCAGCAAAUUAUGCAACAACAGGGAGGCCACCCAUCUGCACUGAUGGGGCAGCAAAUGAAUAUAUUUGCUCAGCAACAGCAGCAAUCUCAACAACAAACUCAAAACAAUCAGAUGCCUCAAAUAUGGUCUAAUCCCCCACAACAACAACCGCAACCACAACAGCCAGUCAUAACUCCCCAAAUUGCUGCUCAAAUUGAAUCCAUCGCAGCACAACAAACCACAUUAAGGGAACAAAUUCGUCAGUCGGAGCUGAACCUUCAAGCCCAACACGGAGUGUUACUACAACAACAACAAGUCCAAAUCGAUGAAGCUGUAACACGGGCCCAGAAUGAUGCCUUGGUGAAACAGGCUGAUGAUCAUAAAAUUUCUUUAAGUGAAUUUGAUGCAAAGUUACAACCUAUCGUUGACUCUUGUACAAAGGACAGUAUAUCCAAUGGAAAAGGCUGGAUUUUACAGCAUUGUACCGAUUCGGGAAAAUGUCAAAUUAUUUCGCAGUAUCUUUUGAGAAAGGCGUUAAUAGCUGGAGUUUUAUUUGCGCAAAAAUUACAUCUGAUAUAUUUAGUUAAUGAUGUUAUUCAUCACUGCAUCCGAAAACGGACAGAUGAGCUAAAGAAAUGCUUGGAAAGUGCCGUGAUUCCAAUGUUUUGUAAUGCACAAAUCACUGCCGCUACUGAUGAACAACACGCCAAGCUCAGCAAGCUAUUGUCACUGUGGGAAUCCAAAGGAAACUUUUUCGACGCAUGCGUCAUCUCGAAAUUGAAAUCACCGCCAUCAUCCCUACAAGAGUACCAAAACUCGCUACUCACACAGUAUGCAGCCGUUGUGGCACAGAUUACCCAAAACACAAAAGUAACUUUUGAUAAUUACCAACAACAGCAUCAAGCGUUUGUACAACAUGCUACUCAACAACUAGCAUUACUCGAGAAGCAAAAGCAGCAAAUUGAGCAACAAGCAAUCAAAGCUGCAUUGGUAGCUCAGCAAAAACCCACUGGACCGAUCCCGCUGUUGCCAGAGCUAUCUGUCGCAGCGUCGAACAAUGGAAUUGGUUCAGUUAACAGUCUACUGUCGAAUAACCGUGUAGCUGAUCGUGAAGUAUCUAUUCCAUCGCUGUUGGAUCAAAGCAUCAACUUUAAUCUGCUAUCAGGGGCUAUACAAAAUUUGCAAAAUCUGAAUGUUCAAGGGCAGAAUAAUCGAAAUAAUGACGGUGGAACGAACAACCCGAUCGGGCCUGAUCGCAGUGGAAAUUAUACGCACUCUAAUGACUCAGGUGACGGUAAUAACAACAAUAGCAACAAUAAUGGCGACUAUUCGCAACCGCCACCAGGUUUUCCUAUCCCGGAUAUGUCAAGGCCACCACCUGGAAUGCAUGAUUUUAAUUAUGAUUCACGAGACAACGAACCAUUGGAUGAUGGAUGCAAUGAUUACGACGACAAUCCGGAUGACGAAGAAGAUCGUUGUGACAACGAUGAGCUGAACCAAAACCGCGAAGAUGUAGAUGAAGAGUUCAAAGAAGAAAAUCGGUCUCCCAGCCCGGAACAACUCACGCCGUCGAUACCAUAUUUUGAACUUCCAGCCGGUUUGAUGGUACCGCUAAUCCGUCUAGAAGAUUUCAACUAUCAUCCUUUAGAUCCAGAUCAGAUCCGUUUACCUCCGCCGGCACCUCCCAACGAGCGACUUCUGUCUGCAGUAGAAGCUUUUUAUGCCCCACCCAGUCAUGAAAGACCUCGCGACGGAGAAGGUUGGGAAAAGCUCGCACUGUAUGAAUAUUUUAAAGUUAAAAAUGCGUCUCGUAAACAGAAGGAGGAAGAGAUUGAAAGUGGAUUGCGCGAAAAAUCUCGUUCUCCUUCACCAAUCGAACCCACUUGGUUGAAAGCAACAAAAAAACUGAAAAAACGUGUCUACAGAUCACGCAGCCGUAGUAGAUCAAAGUCUAGAUCACGAGAUCGAUCACGUUCAAGAUCGCCUCGGCAUCGAAUGCGAUCUCGAUCACGGUCUAGAUCGAGAUCACGGUCACCUCGUCGAGGACACAAUAGAAGUCGCUCGCCUCGAAGAGAACGAGAGCGUUCUAGGGAGCGACGAUCACCUACUCCACCAAGCUUUGGCGGUAGUGGUUUUGGCAGUAGUUUUAUCAGUAAAAUGAAUCCCGCACCUGCUGUUGAAGCAAAAUUACCACCUAUGAUAAAACCUACAAUUGGUCCGGCUGCUGGAGGGAUGCUGCAAGGUAUUGUAUCUAAUGCUGUAAAUGAAGUGUGGGGUGGAAAUGACCGAGAAGGUUUAGGAUCUUUCACCGCGAGGAAUUCCGAUCCGUAUGAAAGUUUUCGCAAGAAUAAAGGAGCUGCUUUUAUAACACGUAUGAAGUCCCGAGCGGAUGAUAGAUAAGGGGAAAACUCAGGAGAAUGGCCGGCAUUCGUAAAAUGUCCCGAACUAGCAGUUAAAUAACUCAUGGUCGUGAUUGUAAAACAAUGACUCGGAUCAUAAAGCAUUUUAAUAAACAGCGAAGUAAAAAUAGCAA